UCACUAUUUUGUUUAUUGAAAUUUGAACAAAAAUGUGUUUGAUUUUGUUGUUUAGCCGUUCAAGAGGUUUGUGGAGAUAGGAAGAGUUGCACUCGUUAAUUACGGGAAGGACUAUGGAAAGCUCGUCGUCAUCGUUGACGUUAUUGACCAAAAUAGGGCUCUUGUUGAUGCUCCUGACAUGGUGAGGAGCCAGAUGAACUUCAAGAGGCUUUCACUCACAGAUAUCAAAAUCGACAUCAAAAGGAUUCCAAAGAAGAAGACCCUGAUUGCCGCGAUGGAUGCUGCCGAUGUGAAGGGCAAGUGGGAGUCCAGUUCCUGGGGAAGGAAGUUGAUCGUGCAGAAGAGGAGGGCCUCACUUAACGACUUUGACAGGUUUAAGCUUAUGUUGGCAAAGAUCAAGAGGGCUGGUGUGGUGAGACAGGAGCUUGCAAAGCUUAAAAAGGAAGUAGCAGCUUAGGAACUUUCUAAGUAGUUGAGAUUGAUUUAAAGCAAUUUUGGAAGUUGUAAUUUUACCUUGAGGAUUAUAUCUACCUACUCAAACAAGAAAAACCCUGUUUGAUUUUUUCUUUUCCUUUUGCUUGUUUUAGACGUGGUGGGAAAUUAUUUUUCUGAUCUAUGAUGUGUGAACUGUUUGUUUCCAAGAA